AUGAUCCACGAGAAAUCGAAAAGCAUUUCGUAUUUCGAGUUUAAAGGUCAGUUUUAUGAAUGUGAACCAAUAUCAGAUGAAGAACUUGAAGCGGAAUGUCAUCUGUGGGCUCGAACCUUAGCCCAUCUGAGUUGCGGAAAAAGCGUAGGGCCAAUUCACGGUGAUAACUUGAAAUACGUGAGAGGACAAACUUUCGACCGCUUAGUGCAAAAUUUUCUUUGGGAUUCGGUUACAGCUAUGUUGAGGAAAAGGUUAAAGGGCAAGAAUCUGUCGUUUAAUAUACAGCGAAACAAAACAACAAUGCAUCAUCAAAACCUGUAG